AUGUCACAACCCCUAGAUCAAGUGUACCAAAAUCCUGUGAUGACGAGGCAGCCCGAAUCGUCGCACUCUAACGGUUCGUUCGGGCCGGUUUUCGUGGUCCUAGCCGUGAUUGUGGUCAUAUCCGCGGUGGCUUGCGUCCUCGGCCGAUUCUGCAGCAAGCGGCACAACCGGGCAAAGGAGGGGGCCCACAAGCACUCCAAGCCCAGCAAGCAAAGCCAGGCCGGGCUUGGCCCCAAGGAGUGGGAAUCUCGGAAAAAGCCGAGCUUCAACAUGAGAGAUGGCGACAUCGAGUUCGGGUUCGAAAAGAAGAUUCAUUCUGGGAAAGGGGCUAAGAAUGGAGGAAAAUCUCACAAGCCAACACAUUAUAAUGGUGCUCAUCAUGGACCUGAGAUCAAAUUUGCAAAUCAUGUUUAA